CACCAUUCCCACCCUCAUUUCCCCCCUUAUCAAAAAUUUCACUCCCUUAUAAAAAUCCAACUUCUCUCCCUUAAACAAAUUUCAUCUCCCUCCAAUAUUCAAAACACAAAACUUUAAAAUAAAAUCAUUCAACUACAAACACAUACAUAUAAAAAUUUAUAUAAUCAAAAUCAUUAAAAUACACAAAUCAUAUAUAUUAUAACUUUAAAAUAUUUAAAAAAUAUUAAAAAUUAUAAUUAUUCAUCUAAAAUAAAAUAUUAAAUUAAUAAAAACUACUCUCACACACACAUAAAUUAAAAUGACCAACACAUUACAACUCAACACAUUACAAAUAUAAAUAAAAAAAAACAUAACAUUACAUAAUUAAAACAAAACAUUAAACAUAUCUCAGUCAACAAAAACACAAAACACGUAACCCUAGCCCCCUUCUCCAAGCUCAUCUCUCUGGCCUCCCUGGCCUACCCGCAUCUCAUUCUCCGUGCUCACAGGCCAUCCAUCUUCUCAGAAACUUUACCCAUCCCAAUCUCACUGCUCUCUCACUAAUUGAAACUCAGAGGUCGGAGUUUGAAAAAUUCGGAGCUUAACUGAUGUUCAAAACUAUAGUUGAAGGUUCAAAAGAUCGAAAUUUUAAGUGGCAUUUACGAAAUGGUGUGGCGGACAUGAUGGAAAUGAAGUUCGUGUGUUGUCGAUGUCUGACACGGAAGCAAGGAAGAAUUUGUGAAGAUAAGUACCAGUUCGAGAGACUCCUAGGAGGAAUGCAUGGGAAAUAUGCGAUGGCAGAAUUUUCGAAGUCAGAUAGAGGGGAUGAGACAUAUACUGUUAGCUUUUCAGAAUUGAUUCAUGGACCUCAUUUCAGAGGUUCAAGUGAUUGGACUUUUGUGUAGAACUCCUCAAAAAGAUAACAGAAGUGAGUUACUUAGAUGAGUUGCUACAGGUGGUGGUGCAUUUAAAAGGGCUGGAUGGCACAAAAGUUCAUCUUCCAGGAACAAACUUAAACGACAUAGCUUUGAUCAUGUACUUUACAGGCUUUACAGGCUUUGAUUAUGUACUUUAUAUUUAGAUAAGAUUGAUGUGUAGUAGUUGAUUGACAUUGGAUUUGAUGGAUGUGUAGUCGGUGAAAUUGGAAUUUGAUGGAUGUAUGUACAAUUGGUUUAUAUAUGCAUUAAUAAGA